UCUGAGCAACUACUCCUGUGGUUGUUUUCAGACAGUCCAUUGUCGUCAUCUAGUGGUGACUUUGAGUGCCUGCAGUGUUUGCAACCUCUGCUGAGGACUUGCCCUGGCAUGUCUGUAUCUAUGGUCUGUAUGAGAUUAUGUCCAGGCAUGUACCAGUUAUUCACGCAGGAGGGCUCAGUGAGUCACUGGCUGUCUGCUGUCUUAUAAAGGGCUCCUCAGUAUCAAUAGUCACAGAUGCUCUGAAGUGCAGACUGAGGAAUUGAACCACGAUUAGUAUAAUGUGUCGAAUCAUGGCCUCUAAAAACUGGACCCUGAGCUCCCUAGGAAAUGGCCCCGCUCGCAGGAUGCUGUUUGGCCCAGUCGACCACGAGCAGCUACAGGCAGAGUACCAUGCCGCCCUUCGGAAAGACCUGGAAGAAGCCUCAAGGCGCUGGGGCUUCGACUUCAUGUCAGAUAAGCCUCUGGAAAGCAGUGAUUUCAAGUGGGAAAGAGUUCAAGGAACCAAGGUGCCGCUGCUAUACAGGUCCUGCAUGCUUGAUCAGGGACAAGCAGGAGGUCAGAGGGCAGCUGUUACACCCAAAGAAGGAAAGGGUGGGUCAUCGCAGAUUGGAAAGGAGAACAUCCCCCUUACACCAGAGAGAUGUUCAGCAUUCAACCUGAAGAAACUUGAGAAAAGGCCAAUGAGGAGAGAAAACAGAGCACUGAAGAGGAAGCAGUCAAACAUUACAGAUUUCUAUCCAGCUAAACGGAGAGCCGUUGGGAUGCCACUGAAAUCUAACCAGUGAUUCUCUGCUCAGUUUACUGCAAAGGUGCCAAAUUAAUAUUCUAAAAGAACCACACACACUCAGGAAAACAACACUCUGCACAGACCACGCUGUCACUCAUCAGGGGGUCCUGAACCCAGCUCAUCUGACAACAAAAGGGACCUCAGCUACACAUCAUCACAAUGGUUAAUUAGGAUACUGUAUCAAACUUGGGAGGGAGGGGGGGGGGGUUUCCCCAGUGCUAAGACGAAGGGGACAUCGGAGCUGAGAAGAUUAACAGUAAUCUCUCAGAUCAGUGGAUUUAUACUCAUUUGGAUCAUUGGGAUGCCAAAGUGUUGACAGACAUUUCCUACUGUACAUUCCACAGGGCUGAAAACACUCUGCUCUGUAGAAAACUCCUGCAGUACAGAGAUAUGAGCGGUGAACAUAUCCCUGUACACACUUGAAAUAUAAUCCAAGAAGGUUAAAGUCAUUAUGUCCUGAAAUUAAUAUGAAAGAAUGUCUGGGAUAAAACUACAGAAUGAUUGAAAUUGGUAGAGAACAAAAAAAGUUUUUUGCUCAUUUGUUGAAAUCCACUAUUAUUUUCUACAAUGUGUUCCUAUUAUGUACAAAACGAGGGCUAGGUGUCAUUUUUUUUACAAGCACGUACUGUGCAAAGUGUUUCGUUUUAUACUUUAUAUACUCAGAUGUACUGUCGUGUUUUCGUUACUAUCAUGUACUCAUAGGAAAAUGCUUGAAAUUUGUGAUAUCAUGUACAUGCUGAUGCUUUGCUUAGAUCUUUCAUGACAGAAGUGCCAUCAAGUCCUCCUCCAGUCCCUCCAUGUACUGUAUAUCCAUUGAUUUUCAGAGUGGAUGUCAAAAAAUGUCCAGCCCAGACUCUGAUGCGUGUACAGCACCAGGUAGUUAAAGUUAAGUGUGGCACCAUGUGUUAAGAAAACGUAUAUCUAGAUUUAUGUAGAUAUAGAAAUAUACCAGAGAUUUAUCUACAGAGUUUAAUACAGCACUGUUAAGUAGCUCUAACAUAUACAAAACAUAAAUGCAGUAUUGCACAAACAUCUGAUAGGUGGUGUAAACAAAGCAUACAGUUUUAAGUGCCUUUAAGGCGCUUGUUCCAUAUUUGAAGAUCCAUAACAGACAAUCAGAAGAAAUAGGUCUCAUGAGUAAAGAUACUUUUUGCUCAAAGCAUUUUAUUUUUAUCUAUUUGGACACAAGGUGCAAUUAUAACAGACGUGUCAUAUCCACUUCGUUUUAGUUUGUCAAUGACACUAAUUUAUGUAAAUUUUCACAAUCCCUGCUGCUACGGGUGAUCUGGAUUGACAUCCAAUAGGGUAACUGUGAUGCGAAUCCUUACAAACUGACAGUUUAGAGAUGUUUGCCACUGCAAAUACAAAGCUAAGAAAACAACAACAUUAUCCCAAACAAUGAAUGCACUUCUGUUUAUAGAUGCUUGUGCACAGGUCCUUCAUAGUGUUCAAAGCUACAAAUGAAAAGAUCUGUCUUUAUUUAUUGUGAGACACUACAAUGUGUGUUAAUUGGUUUGUUUGGUUUAAUUGUGAGAAUUCCAAAUUCCAAUAAAACGUCUAAGUUAA